AUGGCAGGUAAUGUUAUACGUCAUUCACAGUGUCUGUCUGUUGCUUAGCAGAUGGGACGUUGCUGUUCUCUGUCCUGGGCAUGAACUAGCUCCAACAACCAUAAUGAGUAAGAAGAGAAACCCUGUGUGUCUGAAGGAAUUAAUUCAACACGAGAUCUGCACCAUGAUAAACCGCCCAUUUGUGACAUGGAUUUAUAAACUGUACUCUUCUGAAGAACUUGGGUGGAGACAGAGACUGCCUGUGUUUCAGCUCGUGCUUAAACAGUGCGUUGAAUUGAAAGAAUAUCUGAUGUCGCUGCCGGAGUCAGCCUGCAAGCUUCUGAUGGAAAAGAUCUUCAAAACUGUCUCCGCUAUUAUCGCAUCGUACCACUUAGCACUUUGCUCCCGACUUGGAGCCUUGGCUUGCAGACUUCAGUAUGAAGAAGUCUGUCUCUACAUGCUCAGAGUCGUCUUCCUUCCAUGCAUAAAAGAGUGUAACAUCAGGGAUAUCCAAAAUGUAUUCGUACAGGAGUUAGUGUCGCAGUCGCUUCAUACGAAUCCAAAUAUCACUCGUCUGAUUCUUCCACAUAUUCCAACUACUAAAGUCGUAAGGUCUGUUUUCAGUAGUUUUGAAAGUCUGGCAGUGUUGCAAGAAUUCUCUUUUGAAUUUAGUUGUACUGCAGAUAUAGUUAUAGAGUUGGGAAAACAUUGCAAAUUACUCAAGGUACUUGACAUCACCGGUUCUAAACUUGUUAAUGAUGAAUGCGUCCAAUAUCUUCUGAAUAUGCGAAACUUGGAGAAACUGUAUGUCUCAGAAACUAAAAUUUCUGAGACGUGUUAUGCUGUGCUUAUUUCAAGUUUGCCACGAAUUCAAAACAUAACUUGGUUAGGCCCAGUUGAAUGCAUCUUAAAAAACAUUAGAAAAAAACGCCUUCCUAAAGUAAAUGAGUUUCUUGGUGUAAUAUCAGACGUACCCUUAGUGAGAAAAUUAUGCCCACAUAUCAAAAAAUUGAGUGUCUGUUUACAGACCAAGAAGAGUUUGGAUCUGAUACACCUGACUGAAAUAGUUUCUUUGGAAUUCACGUCUAGCGAUUAUUAUAUUCACAACCUGAGGAUCAUAAUUGAAUGUAUGGGCAUUAGACUUACAAAAUUAGACUUCGCAGCUGUCAGAAAUGUUGAUAUUACUCACAUAAUUAGUUGUUGUCCCGUUUUGAAGAUUCUUAACUUAGCACUCUGUGAAAUUGUGAUAUCAGAAAAUUUUACGUUCGCUCCCGAAUUACAGCAUUUUAAGAGUGUCCAGGAAAUCACAUUUGUACGUAACUCAGGUUUCGAGUAUUUCCUCAAAUUCCUCCACCUCUAUGUUAAUCUGGAAUUGUUCCAUGCAGAGGGCGUUAGAGAAAUACAAGAUAUGUGUGUGUCUGCAAUUCUAAAAGCCGGUGGCUUUAGAAAGCUCUCUAAAAUUCUUCUUGGUUUUUGUGGACUCCUCACACUGCAGACAGCUAUGAUGCUGAUAGAGAACUGUGACAAUUUGUGUCUUAUAGGGAAACUCGACACUUGGUCCGGUGUCAAUGGUAAUGACAGAAUUAUACUGCUUGAUUUCGUGAGGACAAAUAACCUUGCGCAUGCUUUAGUCUUAAAAUGAUUUGACGUUGUAUGUUAAGUUUAUGUGCCGGAAAAUUAAUUUUAUACUUUGAAGUAUCCUCUUUUACAUUUAAGAAUAAAUAUUUUAAUGCUUCACAAUUUGUAUAAUCGUAGGAGUGCAACUUACAAAAUAGUACAAUUUUAUAAUUCAAUGACCAUUGUAAAUGUGACAUAACAGUAUUUAUGAGAUAUUUUGCAGUAAAGUUUUAAUCACCUUU